AUGUCAUCUGGCAAUGGGGAAUCCCUAUUAUCUGCUCGAACACCUAAAUCAAUUAGUAAAUCAAGACGAUCAUCAUUAGUGGCAGAUGCUAUAGGAGGAAGUAAUGGUGGAAAUAUUGGAGCAUCAAUGAAAAUAUCAAUUCAAUCGAUGAAUCUUCCUAAUUUUGAUAUUCAUACUUUAUAUAAAAUCAAAAAACGACGAUCAUCUUCUGGUGACUUGGAACAUCAUCAUAAAAAUCAACACAUGCUAUUAAAAGACAUUUGUAUACAAGAUAUCCGAAAAGAGGGCCUAAAAACAAUGUUGAAAUCAAAAAUACCUUUAUGUUAUUUCCUAUAUCACUUAUUGGAAGAAUAUAGUUGUGAAAAUUUGUUUUUCUUUUUAGAACUAGAACAAUAUGAUACAAUAGAUUUUGUUUCUACUGUUCAACAAUUAGCUACAGCACAACAUAUAUUUGAUAUUUAUUUAUCAAGGAAUAGUCAAUUUGAAGUGAAUCUGGAUGAUAAAGUACGAUCAGAUGUGAUGCUAGCUUUGGCAAAUCGUAAUGUGAAUGGAUGUUUCCAAACAGCUAAACGUGCAGUUUAUUUACUCUUGGAAUCAAGUUUUAUGCAAUUUGUUCGUACGGAUAUUUGGAAUCAAAUGAUUAGAGAUUGUGGUAAAAAAAAAAAAAAAAAAAAAAAAAGGAACAUUGGAAUUUUUUUUUCUUUUGUCUUAUUCGAUUUCCUUUUAUAG